AAAGCGCAAGCGUAGUUGUCGAAGGGUCGUGUCACCGGGAAUUCAGAAACCGAAUGAUGUUGUUGUAGCCGCUUGCUUCACGUCCCUUCGCCGCACCAGAGUUUUGUAUGUACGUGUUUGUCUUUAUUUGGAUGAGAAAGACUGACUGCGGAGCUUCAAUAGAAGAAUACAGUUAGGUCUGCAGUUUGUUCUCUGCUCAUCCGCUUUACCAUCUUUCAGUAUGGCUGGAGGGAUAACCGAUACUGGUGAGCUGUACUCUCCUUCGGUGGGACUCGUUUACAUGUUUAACCUGAUCGUUGGCACAGGGGCUCUAACGAUGCCAAAAGCCUUUGCAACGGCUGGUUGGGUGGUGAGCCUUGUCCUCAUUUCAGUCCUGGCCUUUAUGAGUUAUAUAACAACCACGUUUGUCAUCGAAGCUAUGGCAGCUGCUAACGCACAACUGCGCUGGAAGAGAAGGGAGAACCAAAAGUUUGCAGUGUGUGAUCGGCUCCGAGAUGAACUGUAUGCACUGAAAACCACCGAUGGCGAAGAGGAGGUCGGCCUUUCUGGCAGCGCAUCCAUCGCCUUCAAAGCAAAUCUGCAUGACGUGUCAAAUGAAUUGACCAGAGGUUCUGAUCGUGAAAUAUUCACAAUAAACUCCAGUCGUCAUUUGUGCUUCCAGCAUCCAGCUGCCUACGCUGUAGCAGAUCUCGACCCACUGUUAUUUAUUGGUGCCUCUCAAUUUAGAAAAAGCACAAAAUCCAGGCGUGCGGUGUGGUGCACGUGUUGCUCACGGAGGCAAAGACAAAUGGAGAUAGUGGCACAUGAGAAGCCCACGCCAAUGAAUGAGUGCCCCACUAGCCGGCAUCUCGACCUCUCCAUCGCCGACGGAGGUUCAAAUGCGACUUUAUUUUAUUUUGUUGGAUGUUCUCAUCUUUUCUUGUGCCUGCUUGCUUGUCAUUGUCCUCGUCCUCUGUCAUCGUCACGCCGUCUAACUGGCCUUUCUGCUCUUGUCUUUCAGACCGUCUUCACGCUCCUCCUGGGACCCUUCACGUUUUUCAACGUUCAGAAAACCAAAUAUCUUCAGAUUGGCACUUCGCUCAUGCGCUGGAUUGCCUUCACCACGAUGAUCAUCCUGGCACUGAUCCGCAUUGGCAAAGGCAAAGGUGAGGGCCACCCGCCGGCCGCCGUGCUCCUCGGGGUCCCCAACCUCUUCGGCGUCUGCGUCUACUCGUUCAUGUGCCAGCACUCGCUGCCCUCCGUCGUGACUCCCAUCUCCGACAAGAGGCGGGUGAGCGCCCUGGUCCUGCUCGACUACGUCCUCAUCCUGAGCUUCUACAGCCUGCUGUCCUUCACCGCCAUCUUCUGCUUCGACAGCGGCGUCCUCAAGGACAUGUACACCCUCAACUUCACCGACAGCUGUGACGUCAUCGGCGUGGCCUUCCUGCGCUACUUCCUGGGCCUCUUCCCGGUCUUCACCAUCAGCACCAACUUCCCCAUCAUCGCCGUGACGCUGCGCAAUAACUGGAAGACCCUCUUCCACCGGGGUGGCACCUACCCCUGGGUUGUCGACAGGGUGGUCUUCCCGCUCAUCACCCUGGUCCCUCCCAUCAUUGUGGCCUUUUGCACCCACGACCUGGAGACUCUGGUGGGCAUCACGGGUGCCUUCGCUGGGACGGGCAUCCAGUACAUCAUCCCGGCCUGCCUGGUCUACUUUGGUCGCAAAGACGUGGGACUGACGUACGGCGACGCGGCGGACAACAAGCACAGGUCGCCCUUCCACCACGUCUUCUGGGUCUGGUUCGUGCUGGUCUGGGCCGGGUCCUGCUUGAUGUUUGUCACCGCCAAUAUCGUCCUGACCGAAACCAAGCACUGAGCUGGCAGUCACCCGAGUGUUGAGAAGGCAAUGAGAGGCGGGGCCUGGCGCCAGCGAGUUGUGCCCUCCCGGGUGCCCUUGGCUCUCUUCUCCUCCCCUCCUCUCGUUUUCGUUUGACCCCCUGCGGCUUUAGUUGGCGCCCCGUUUACCAGUGGGUACAACGUUAGCAUGAGCUGUGACAAGUGCCCUAGAAAUGUCCAAUUGCCUUACUGAACCCUGCCACAAGGGCUGCGCCAGAUAGUGCCAAGCGGCACCCCUCACUUCUCGUGUUCCCUUUAUUUUAGAACUCCACUGAUGAUUUGGAAUGGUGCCAACACAAGCCUCCCUGGCCAGCUGGCCUUCCUUGUGACCGGUGUGUCACUUGUCACAUCAGUAUGACCCCUCGGUAUUAGUGUGCCAUUAGCGUACGCGCCACCGUCCACCACCCAUCUGCCUCAAGUGGCCGAGUUUGGGCCGUUUAGCCGCCAUGUCUGAGCUCCGCAGCGCCUCCUCAUGGCCGCUCAGCCUGCAGAUGGCAGCUCAGUGUCACCCUUUGCCCCAUCGGCCAUGGGCUUGUCCCCUUAUGAUGGCCGCCCUGGGCAUUUGAGUGCACUGUCGCCCAGUUAGGGACCUGGAGGUUCAAGUCGGCAUACCAGACACGUGUGCUUAUGUCAUAUCAUGUGCCCACCACAGGCAACUUCUCCUUGAGCUGCGCACCUCCACGUGUAAUGAAGAGACAAAAGAUGGCACCAGUUACCUCCAUUAACUCUAAUGCCUUGGGCACAGUUAAAGUAAACGGGAAGGUAGUGCCAAGCUGAGUGCUGAUAGUCACUGGAUGUAAGUGGGCACCUCGACUGGCUGCCUACCUGUUAGUUUUGUGUUUUUGGGCACUUUGUUUCACUCCUCAUCAUCUUCAGUUUUCUUAACUUCCUCCUCUUCCUCAUCCCGGAAUGCACUCUACCUGCCUGAAGAAUUUGUUGGGCAUUUGGGCACAUCUGUUCAAGGUGACACCAAGUCCUCAAUGCCAGGUGUUCAAGACUGGUACAGUGCCUUGGUGCCAUGUGGCACCUUUUAUUUGCACAGGCUGAAAGGAGGCCAAAAGCAUGCUGGCUGGCCAGCAUUGUAUAAAGAGACCACCGGGGGCUGCCAGGGGCACAGUGUGCAUUUGAAACAGUUGACUUGUAACACACGAGACCAGUAAAGGUGGCUGGAGCCACUCUGACGAUGCCC